UGAGAAUCCGAAUGAAUCAGACCAAAAGUGAAUUAGGUUAUGAAGCAGAAUCUCGCCAUAGCAGAGCUUUCCACCAUCGAGAAGCUCGUCGAUAAGCUGCUCUGAAGCUCCUUCACAAGCCAUGGAACGAUUCAACCACAAAGCAUUAGUACAAAGCACCAACUCUACUACAACUCCACUACAGCUCCUACAGCUCUUCCUCAGUUCCUCAGCUCCAGACCGAAAGAGCUCCCCAUCAAAUAGUCCAGUCUUUUGGGCCUGGGUCUUAUUUCCACCAAACGGGUAGAAAAGAGCUGAGAUCUGCCCUGAGUUGACACCACUCUUUUCUUCUAUCACCAGGCUAUUCACAGUUUUCCUCUCCAGCACCACUACUCUCUCUCUUUCUCUCCCUGUUUCCAAUGGCUGACAAGUUGUCUGAAAAACAAAUAACUGAGUUCCAAGAAGCUUUCUCCUUGUUUGACACAAACAACGAUGGCAAGAUCACAAGAAAGGAAUUGGGCACUGUUAUUAGAUCGCUAGGCCAGAAUUUGACUGAAAAAGACUUGAAUCUAAUGAUAAACGAACUAAACAUCAGUGCCACAGAAAACAACAUUGAUUUUCCUGAAUUCUUGACAAUAAUGGCCAAACAGGCUACAACAAACAACAAUGCUGAUAACGACCAACUAGAGAUUCAAUUUAAUGCUCAUAUUGACCACUUUUUUUCUACUUUUGCAAAUGCCAAUAACAAAAUUUCAAUCAAAGAUUUAAAACACGUUUUAUCUUCAAUUGGUGAAACAUUGACAAUAGAAGAAAUCGAUCAAAUCUUACUAGACUCUGAAUUAAAGAAUGCUAAGGAAGUUGAUUACAAUCAGUUUAAAGAGCUAUUAGUCGUUGCUUAAAAUUCAUCUUGUCGUUUACAGACUCUAAAAACUAUAAUAUUUUGAAUUUUUUUGAUUACAUAUUAAACUCAAUCAUUUCAUAGAAAAAGACUAUUCAUCACUUUAGGCAUUUUAAUAAUUUAUUUAUUUUUUAGUCCGCAAAUAGAAUAAUUACUCUAAUACAAAUCUAUUAUAAAUACAAAGAUAUAAAAUUUUAUAAAAUAAAACAAAAAAAAAAAAAGAGAAACUGAUUAGGCUUCAACUUUCACUUUCUCAACUGUCAUACCAGGUUCACUUAAUUCUUCUUCCUCAGAUAUAUUAUCAACUUCGUUAAUUGUCUUUCUUGGCCCAAAAUAAAUUUUAUGGGAAUAAGCAUAAUAAUAAAUAUUGAUA